CUCAGAAUCGCAUCUUGUAAAUGAACGACACUCUACAAUGAAGCGCAAUGUUCCUUCAAACAUUUCUUUUUAUAACCUAAAAUAUACAAAACAGAUUGUGAAUGGAAAAUAUUUUAAAUGCAUAUUUGAGGAGACUGAGGACACCCAGCACCUGCAGGCUGCCAUCCUCGACGUCUAAAUUUUGGAAACAAUAAUGACAGAAUAUAACGGGGAUGGGACGGAUCGGGGCUGGAGCAGGGCGGGGCACUGCGCAUGCGCGCUGGCCUCCUCCGUGCAAAUCUCUCCCUGUCUGAGUCUGUCUGCCCAGGCUUGGUAAGAAGGAGAAAAAAGCCUUGUUUUGUGGCACAGGGAGACCUCAUCGUUGGCCUCUUUCAUAUUCAUAUAAGCUUUGGCUAUCACCUUAUUGUUUCAGCUUAUUGCGUGUGCUGCUGCGAUUUUGGGGGCGUCGAAAAGGAAAAAUAACUUCUUUCCCGUCCAUAGAGAAGCAGGCAUCCAUUCCUUUCGCGGUCUGUCAUAGCUAAGCUGGGGAGCAGGAUCCUCCGGAGUAUCGGCGGCGAAAAUGUCCGGCUAUCAAGGCAAGAAAAAUAUCCCCCGCAUCACAAGCGAUCGACUUCUGAUCAAAGGUGGCAAAAUCGUGAACGAUGACCAGUCUUUCCAUGCUGACAUCUACAUGGAGGAUGGGGUUAUCAAGCAAAUCGGCGAGAACCUGAUUGUCCCUGGAGGCGUAAAGAUCAUCGACGCCCAUGGCCGCAUGCUUAUACCGGGGGGCAUCGACGUCCACACUCGCUUCCAGAUGCCCGAUCGGGGCAUGACUGCUGCCGACGACUUCUACCAAGGCACUCGAGCUGCCCUGGCUGGUGGAACCACCAUGAUCAUUGACCACGUGGUGCCCGAGGCUGGCUCCAGUGUGGUGGCGGCCUUCGAGCAGUGGAGGAACUGGGCGGACAGCAAGGCAUGUUGCGACUACUCUCUGCACGUGAACAUCACCGACUGGCACGACGGCGUGCAGGAGGAAUUGGAGACGCUGGUCAAAGAGCACGGUGUCAACUCCUUCCUGGUCUACCUGGCCUAUAAAGAUGUGUUUCAGCUGACCGAUUCCCAGAUCUACGAGGUUUUCAGUGUGAUCCGGGACCUGGGGGCCAUCGCUCAGGUGCACGCAGAGAACGGCGACAUCGUGGCCGAGGAGCAGCGCAGGAUCCUGGAGCUUGGCAUUACUGGGCCGGAGGGUCACGUGCUGAGCCGCCCUGAGGAGGUGGAGGCAGAGGCGGUCAACCGCUCGAUCACGGUGGCCAAUCAGACCAACUGCCCCCUCUAUAUCACCAAGGUGAUGAGCAAGAGUGCUGCUGAUGUCAUUGCCCUGGCCAGAAAGAAAGGUACCGUGGUGUACGGGGAGCCCAUCUCGGCAAGCCUGGGCACGGACGGCUCCCACUACUGGAGCAAGAACUGGGCCAAGGCUGCUGCCUAUGUCACGUCGCCGCCCCUCAGCCCCGACCCGACCACACCCGACUACCUCAACUCGCUGCUCUCCUGCGGUGACCUGCAGGUGACAGGCAGCGCUCACUGCACUUUCAGCACCGCCCAGCGUGCAGUGGGGAAGGACGACUUCUCCCUCAUCCCAGAGGGAACAAACGGCACAGAGGAGCGGAUGUCCCUGGUCUGGGACAAGUGUGUGGUGACAGGGAAGAUGGACGAGAACCAGUUUGUGGCCGUGACCAGCACCAACGCUGCCAAGAUCUUUAAUCUAUACCCCCGCAAGGGCCGUAUUGCCGUGGGCUCUGAUGCAGACCUGGUGCUCUGGGACCCAGAUAUCACCAAGAUCAUCUCCGCCAAGAGCCACAACCUGGCUGUGGAGUAUAACAUCUUCGAGGGCACAGAGGUACGCGGCGGCCCCCUGGUGGUCAUCAGCCAGGGCAAGAUCGUGCUGGAGGACGGGAACCUGCACACCACUGAGGGGUCGGGCCGAUACGUGGGCCGCAAACCCUUCCCCGACUACGUGUACAAGCGGAUAAAGGCGCGCAGCAGGCUGGCCAACUUACGAGGGGUUCCACGGGGUCUCUAUGAUGGGCCCGUGUGUGAGGUCACCGCCACCCCCAAGACCAUCACCCCCGCUUCGUCCGCCAAGACGUCACCGGCCAAACACCCAGCACAGCCCGUCAGGAACCUGCACCAGUCUGGCUUCAGCCUGUCAGGUGGGUACAAACCUCCCUGUCAAUCUGUGCGAUGA